CUUCACCAUCACCAACAAAUUCAUAGCUACAAUUGCAGAGUGAACGCCCCCUCCUCGGGCCAUAAUCGAAGCAAAAAGAUGGCCAGCGCCACAACUACAUGGAGCAUGUCGUCUCUGAAAUCUUCCCUCCCUUCGAUUUCUUGUUCGAUUUCUUCAAAUCCCCAUUCUUCAGUUCGCUGUUCAUUUCGGCCACCAACGUUUACGCGGUCUAAACCUAAUUCGAAGCCUGUUUUUGGAUCUUUCCUUGGACUCGCCCCUCUUCAUCCACUUCUGAAUCUCACUUCUUCAGGAAACAAUGGUUUUGAGCAUAACUUCACCAUUAUUGACAAUGGUGGCCGUGUGUCUGCCAUGAGACAUGGAAGGCGGGUCCCGAAGCUGAAUCGGCCACCUGACCAACGCAAAGCACUCCUUCGUGGCCUAACCACUCAACUUCUAAAGCACGGGCGGAUCAAAACCACAAGGGCAAGGGCCAGUGCUGUGAGAAAGUAUGUGGACAAGAUGAUCACUUUGGCUAAAGAAGGUUCACUUCAUAAAAGAAGACAAGCUCUUGGCUUUAUCUAUGAAAAGCAAAUCGUGCAUGCGUUGUUUGCAGAGGUCCCUGAAAGGUAUGGUGAAAGAAAUGGAGGGUAUACAAGAAUUAUAAGAACUUUGCCUAGGAGAGGGGAUAAUGCACCAAUGGCAUAUAUUGAGCUUGUUUAGGUUAUGUGAUUCUGUUAUCUUUAUUGUUAUUGUUACUGUUACUGUUUAGACUCUUUUUGAACUUCUAUCGGUGUAUAAUAUGAUUUUGAAUGUGUUCUAAGGGUGGUUAUGCUCAAUGCACUUAUCAUUUU